AUGCGGGAACUUGUACGAGUGAGCAGUCUGCUCCUUCUAGGCCUUGCAGGCGCAGCCCAAGCCUUACAGCCAGUCAUUUUGGCUGACACCAAUCGAGACGGCCAUAUCGAUCUCGUUGGCGAUACCGACUCAGUCGACAAAGAGACCUGGACCGACAAGCGUGGUGCACUUUUUCUUGCCAACAUUGCAGACUCUGGCCGGCGGUGCUCUCGUCUGAUCGUUUUUGCCGGUGAGAACGCAACCCGGACCGAGGACCUGGACAAGUGUCAUGACGCUUCCGACAAUGUGCUGCGCAAUCCGAAGUACCUUGCACCCGUUGCCACCCUGCCGCUGACCGGCGCCGGUGACUCUGCUUCCGGCUCCGUCGCCGUCAUAGGCGAUGCUGCCAGCAAGAACAUCCGCCUCUUUCAGCGGGCGGGCUCCGACUGGCGCUUCAUCGCUGCCAACCAUACCUUCUCUGCCGAGGAGCUCCGAAGCGGCCUGAGCCUCGGCGUCGAUGCCCGGGACGUGCGCCGGCCCGGCGGCUGGGACGGCCGGGUCACGCUGCGAUUCUCGGUUCGCGACGGGGCGGACAGCGCCGAGGACUCGGUCGCCCUGCGCGUUGCCCCGAUCCUGAUCCACCAUCACCUGCAGGACGCGACCGAGCUCAUCGUGGCGACGCUCAUGAAGAAGGGUCCACAGGAAGACUUCAUCGCGGAGCUGGGCAGGCGUGCCAAGGAAGCCGGCAUCGAGGCCCCGGUUCGCCUGGUGAGGGGAGAAACGGUGUUCACGCAGGAUGAGUUCGAGGCGGGCUACAUGAGCAUCCCAGGACCGUCCGGGCCAGUCACCCUCCGCGUGGCCAUCCGGCCUUCCAAGCUAGAGAUGCAGGACUACAUUGCCUUUGACCAGCUCAGAUCCGACACGGUCGGGGCCGUUCAGCACCUGCCUAGCCAAAAGGACGAGGACACGGGCAAGGACGCGACGGGAAACCUGGAGACGAUCCCGCCGUACGAGCACCAAGGCAAGGCGUAUCCCGCCGGGCGCACCAUCAUGGGCUCGCGGUACGGCAAGAAGGCCAACAUGGUCGAGUUCCUGGAGGCCCAGGGGGCGCAGCCCAACGUCGAGGUGGACACGUCGUGGCUGUACGUCGGGCACGUCGACGAGUUCAUGCAGUUCCUGCCGGCGCCGUCGGACCGCGGCUGGGUCAUGGCCGUGCACGACCCCCUCCAGGGCCUGGAGAUCCUGCGCAAGGCGCAGCGGGACGGGCACGGGGCCGACAAGGCGCUGUCGCGGCCGCCGUUCCCCAACGACAUGCUCGGCACGCACGCCGGGCCGCCGCCGCUGCCCAACACGACCGUCGACGGGGUGCUGGCCCUGCCGCUGUUCGCGCGCGUGCAGGAGUACGUGGCGCGGCAGAUUGAGAAGAACGUCGAGGUGGUCCGGCGCGAGACGGGCCUCGUGGACGCCGAGAUCCUGCGCAUCCCAGGCCUCUUCUACAACGAGACCAUGACCGGCAAGCGCGACUACCAGCUGUACGGGGUGGACCUGCCGGACGAGAAGGACGAGGAGGCGUCGCUGGGCGCGUACGAGACGGCGUACCAGGUCUACUCCAUGUACCCGUCGACGGUGAACGGCAUCGCGCUCACGUCCAAGCACUACCUGGCGCCGAACCCCUGGGGCCCGUCCGUCGACGGCAAGGACGUGCUGCUGGAGGCGACGGCCGAGGCAUACGCCGCGUCAAACAUGACGGUCACCUUUGUUGACGACUACUAUUCUCACCAUCUCGGUGUGGGAGAGAUUCACUGCGGUUCAAACGCCUUUCGCGAGUACACGCCACGGUGGUGGUGA